UUGAAUUUUAAGUGUAAGUAUGAAAAGACAGCAGCAGAUCUUAUAGAGCAAAAAAAGGUUAACGAGACUCUUAUUCAAAGAGUUAAUCAACUGGUUGAGGACACCACAAGCAAAGGAGAAACCAUAUUCAAGCUGAUGAGCGAAAACGAACUAUUAAAGAAUAGACAGGAAGUCUUAGACUCGUAUAAGCUGGAAAAGGACAAUUUCAUAGAAAUUAUGAAGAAGGAUUCGGACGGCAAAACACAAGAAAUCAAUGAGCUAAUUAGUGAGAAUGGAAAGCUAAAGUGUGCACAUUCGAAACUGUUAACAGAAAGGGAUCUUCUUGAAAGAGAACUGAAGGAAUGUGGGAGAAAUUUCAUAAAGCUGGAAAAUGAAAAGAAUGUCUUGAAGACCGAAAUAGAAAAUUUAAGGAUAUUUACCGAGAAUACCCUAAAAAGGUAUUUAGACUCAAGUCUGUUCGGCGAAAUCGAAAGAAUAUGCCUAGAAAAUCGAAAACUGGUGUAUUUCCAGCACUUUUUUGAGACCGUCAAGGCCGAAAUGGCUAUUUUCCGGCAGGAUUUUAGGGUGUUUCAAAAGAAUAUUGAAAGUGGCAGGUCAAAGCUCUGCUUCAACAUUGGCAAUCAAGGUGAAUAUGUCAAAGGCCUUAUUUCAAAAUCGCGCCACCUUGAAAAUAUUAAGAAGGACCAGAAAGAGUCGUUCUCCAACAUCUCCAGCAAACUCAGCAGCGUAAAACAAGCAUUAGACACACUAGUUGAGUCAGCUGGUAAGUUAAAAGGCCUGUUUUCCGUGGAGAAAUUAAAAUUGGGAUUUGUUAACAUAAUCAAUGCGCAGAGAAGUGAGUUUGAAAUUCAAAAGCAGACAUAUGAAAAGAGGAUAAAAGAGCUUACUGAGAAGAUUGAGGAAGAGGAGGAUAUUUGGGAUGUAUUUGAAUGA